UUUCGCCUGCUGCUUAUCUGUCUGGAGUCUGUGCUUCGAGAGAGAAUAACCACCUCGGAAGGAAGCAGAGGGAGAAAACAUAGAGAUAUUCCCUAAUCCCUACAAUCUUCUAUUCUUCGUCGCCACUCUUCCUCUAUCUUAUCCCGCACAGCCGAUAUGAAAAUAAAAUCUCUGUUUUUUCCCUGUUGUCUGAAUCUUCUGCUCAACCUCAAAUGACAAAAGUUAGAACAGAGGACGGUAAUAUGAUCUAGAUUGAGAAAACUCAGAAAUCCCAAAUGACCUCUCCGGAAGAAACCAGAGCAACCCAGGAAAGCCCAGGAAGGGAAUCUGAAGAUGGUGGUCUUACGAAACCGGAGUUUAAUGAGGAUCACAGCUCCCCAAGAGGUGUAUUGGAAAUCCCUAUUUUGGGAAUGGAUUCAGAUAACAACAGCAGUAGCAGCAGCUGCAGCUCCUUAUCCUCGGAGAAAUUGAUUCCUAACUCAGCUGUGGUUUCGGAGUCUCAUGGGUUACAGUGGAAGAAUUUGCUUGAUGUUAUAAAGAAGAAAUCAAUGAAAAGGCUUUCGACGUUUCCCAUGCUAACGAGCUCUGAGACGUCGAGAAGAAGUUUAAGCAGGAAGUUAGCUCGGAUUCGUAGCGCCCACGAUGGGAUUGAUUGUGGGGGGAAGUCAGUGCCAAAGCCCUCAUGGAGGAGCUUCAGUUACCAGGAGCUCGCUGCCGCCACCGAUAAUUUCAGUUCCGAGAAAUUGAUUGGGAAAGGAGGACACGCAGAAGUGUACAAAGGGUGCCUAUCCGAUGGUCAGUUCAUAGCUGUGAAACGACUCAUAAAGAAAGAGGAGGAUCGGAUCUCCAAUUUUCUGUCGGAGCUUGGAAUUAUUGCUCACGUUAAUCACCCAAAUGCUGCUCGUUUGCUUGGGUUUGGCGUGGAAGGGGGUCUGCACCUCAUCCUCCAGUACUCCCCUCAUGGGAGCCUUGCCUCCGUGCUCCAUGGCACAAAAGAGAGUUUGGAGUGGGGUACAAGGUUUAAGGUGGCUUUAGGGAUAGCAGAAGGAUUAAAUUAUCUCCAUCAUGGCUGCCACAGACGUAUAAUCCAUAGAGACAUCAAAGCCUCUAAUAUAUUACUAACUCAAGAUUAUGAACCUCAGAUUUCCGAUUUUGGCCUUGCAAAGUGGCUCCCAGAGCAGUGGACUCACCAUAUUGUCUUUCCCAUAGAGGGCACGAUCGGAUACUUGUCGCCGGAAUAUUUCAUGCACGGCAUCGUCGAUGAAAAAACCGACGUCUUUGCUUUUGGGGUAUUACUGCUGGAGCUCAUAACGGGUCGACGUGCAGUUGACUCUUGUCGCCAAAGCCUUGUGAUGUGGGCAAAGCCACUAUUGGACGCCAAUAGUAUGAAAGAACUUGUAGACCCUCGUCUGGGAGAUGCUUACAACAUCACCGAAAUGCAGCGAGCCAUGUCGACGGCUUCCUUGUGCAUCCACCAUUUAUCCACCAUGCGACCGCACAUGAACUGGGUGGUAAAGCAUCUGAGUGAGGACGGAGGGGUAGAGUUCUGGGAAAAAGAAGCAAAGGCAAAGCCUCUUGUGGGAAGGGCACUCAUCUUGGAUGACUGUGAUUUGGAAGACUACACUAGUUCUAGCUACCUCAACGAUCUCAAUCGCCAUAUGCAACUUGCAUUAGAAUAGUGCAAUAUUUGUUCUACUUUUUGACUUUUCUUAUUGAUCUCCUUGUCAUUUGGCCUAAAAUGUAUGUAAUUAGUGGGGCCAUAUUCACCAGUUGCCAUCUAUUUAGAAUUUUAAAUGGCAAUCUUACAGGGUUAGGUCAGGACUGGAGUGUGGUAUAAUUAGUGGGGCCAUUUUCACCAGUUACCACGGGCUUCACAUGUUUGGGAGCAUUCCAGUGUUGAUUGAUCUAUGUUGAUGGAGCCACUUGAAGAAGCUUUCAAUGCUAAGCUUCACUGGAAAGUUGAUUUGUCAGUUCAAUAAGUAUUUUUUUCAACAAA